GAGGAGAUACUAGCUGCCAAAUUGCAAAUUGCUGCAACAACUAUUCUUGCUGGGGAGAAAUGGAGUUGCGGACUGAUUGUUUUUCAUCCGAGGUUUGCGGUUGACUGCUGCAGUUUCUUUCUUCCAAUCGGUUUCCCUUUUCCCUCUACUACUUGCCUCGCAAUGGAGGAAGGAUCAAUUAGCACUUCACCUCCUCCCUCUUUUCACUCCUCUCCUUCUCAUUCUGCAAUCGAUGUGGAUAACGGUGGUUCUCCGUCUACCUCCGGUUCCGGAACGGCGGAAGUACCCUCCGGGGCGGCGUCACAGACUUCGACGAGGGAAUCUUCUCCUUCUUCUUCCUCGCAAGUUCAGGAGGAAGAUGAGGAUCCUGGCGAGCAGGAAUCGCACCGUUUUCCUGAGCCGGAGAUAGGGCACCAGCAGGAAGAGGUUGGAGUCUCUAAUCCAGGGAGGAAUUCGCCGCAAACCAAUGGCCUUCCGUCGCUCGGAGAUGAUACUUGGUCCUGUGUCACCGUCGUCCUCACCUUCUGGUGCUUCAUUUCCAUGACUUUGAUUUUUGGAGUAUAUGGCCCUGAGAGACUGAAGUUAGGACCUAAUUGCUCGCUUCUCAUUGAACCUAAUCCCUUAUUCGUGCAGGCUGUAAAGGUAGAAGAGUUGAAUGAUUCUAGUCCUGGUCUGAUGCUGUAUGGAUUUUAUGAAUCUCCCCCACUCGAUGUUGUAGAAACGUGGUCAGACUCUCACAGUGGAAUUGUUCCUUCUAAUUCUCACGAGGCAAAGUCGCUGAAGGUCUUACUGGUAUUUAAUGUUCUUCAAAUUUUUCAGGAGUGGGUUUAUCACCUGAACGAGGGUUCCGAGAUCAAUAUCUCAUAUACUGUGAAUUCCUCAAGCUCUGCUGUCUUCCUUGUCAUUGCCCAAGGAGAAGAAGACUUCAACCAGUGGCUGGAGGAGCCAGCAUAUCCUAAUGUUACUUUGUUGUGGCAGGUUAUCCAUGGAAGUGGUGCUAUCUUCCAGAGAAUAAACAGAUCUUCACUCUACUAUGUUGGUGUUGGCAACCUGAACUCUUACAAAGUGCAGGUCCACUUAAAAAUCACAAUAAGAGCUCUGCUGUACGACACAAGUGGAGCUUAUUACAAGUGUGCAUUCCCAGGUGGCCUGUGUAGUUUAACGGUGUUGUUCCUCGCCAAAAAUCCUGUACUUUUAACUUCUCCUAGUACUGAACAGGUAUCGCCUGGAAAAGAGUGGUAUGUCAAGUUGUCCUAUGAACCAAGAUGGGCAAUAUAUAUACUCGGUAUUGCUGGAAUGUCAGCACUCAUGUUGGUGGGCUUAAACGUCUUAAACAAGUUUCGGUCCAUGAACGGAGAAAGAAAUGGAGGUGGGGGGUUAGAACCCGGUAGAGCCCCCCUACUUUCAAACAAAGAUGACGAUCUCUCAAGUUGGGGCUCAUCUUAUGAAUCAGUGUCAAGUGAAGAAAACGAUCUUGGAGAGCUUAUGGCAGGAGGUUCUGUAGAAGGGGGGAAAUCAUCGAGAGAUGGUGAAAAUAGCAGCUACACAAGGCGGCUGUGCGCCAUCUGUUUCGAUGCUCCAAGAGAUUGCUUUUUCCUGCCUUGCGGUCAUUGUGUUGCUUGUUUUGCUUGCGGAACAAGGAUUGCUGAGGCGUCAGGCAGCUGCCCUAUUUGCCGUCGGCAGAUGAAGAAGGUGAGGAAGAUCUAUACAGUUUAAGCACCCGCACCGCCAGGCUGAGGACAUGUUGGAUAGCUGCUGCGGCAAGACAAGAGCCAAAAGGGUAUUUUUGUGCACAUAGCAUUGGCUGGCAGCAAUAGUCAUCAGGGGUAAACUAGAUGCCCCAUGUCCUUCCAGUUGCUAAUUUACAUGAUCAGCUUCCGCUUCCCUUAUUUUUGGGCUAAGAUCAGAUCCGCACUCCUUAUUUUUGUUUUUGUUUAAAGGUAAGAACUAAGAAGUCGUUAGAUAAAAGUAAAACAUUGAGGAAUGCGGGCCUCCGCUAGCAGAUUCUGGAUUUGGUAGGUAUGCUGUGAAUGCUUGUUUUUUUUUAUUGAAAUGAGUAGCCGCCGCCCACUCCAGAUACAUGUGACCACUGACUGGCUGGCUUUCGUAGAAGAUAUUUGCUUGUGGGGAGGGAUUAGGGAUGACAAAAAUAUCCGUAAUCGUGGACAUCCGCCAGAAUUUGAUAUAAUCGGAUAGGGUAAAAUUCGAACCCGAAAGAUUUUUAGUGGGUACAGGUAAACCCGAACCCGAAUAUUACGGGUAAUGGGUGGGCAUGGGUUUUUUAUUGUCCAAUCC